AUGUCGGACGACGAGCUAUUCAUCGACCGCACGUCCUCCGACGAGAGCGAAGGUGAACAAAACACCUCUGGCAAGCUUACAAAGAAGUCAAGCCCCGGAUUCCACCGCGUACUCCCGAAACCCAGAGCAUGUAACUAUACAGUACAUUCACUUUAUGAUCAAAUAACUCAAGGGGACAUUGACCUUGACCCCGUGUACCAGCGAAAUGUCGUGUGGAGUGACGCUAAGCAAAUCGAGCUCAUCAACUCAGUGUUCUGCAACUUUUACAUUCCUCCAAUCAUAUUCGUUCUCACUGUCGACCAUGGCGAGGAGAGGCGGACAUGCAUCGACGGGAAACAGCGCCUGACAUCGCUGCACAGAUUCAUGGAUGGCCAGAUUUACCACAAAGACCCGAAAACGGGAAAUAAGUACUGGUACAAGGACGUCGGUGGCACUUCAAAGAAAGCAGCGAACAAGAAGUUGCUUCCUGAGAAGUAUCGCAAGUCAUUCUCGAAGAAGCAGAUCGUGUGCGUCGAGUACGAAGGCAUCAGCGAGUUGGAAGAGCGCGAGAUCUUUCAGCGUGUUCAGAUGGGCAUGGCGCUCACGCCGUCGGAGAAGCUUGCCGUCAUCGACACCAACCGAUCGCGGUUCAUCCUCUCGCUCAUUGACAAGUACCUCACCGAGGCCGGCGUGCUGUCCGGGCCACCCCUCGAUUGGGAUCGCUCUCGAGGAGGAGACUUUCGCACGUUUGCAUUGGCGGUCUGGGUGACCGAGCAUUUCCUUGACGAGCCCGCGACCUGCCGGCAGCUGCCAGGCGCCUGUCAGCUGUCCCGCUGGCUCAGCGCGACUGUCACUGUGCCCUCAUCCGUAGAGACAACGGUCAUGCGUGCGCUUGACGAGUUUGAGGCGAUCGUGCGUACGCGCGCACACAAGCAUGUCUUCCGCCUGCCCGCGAAGAUGGCGCCGAUCGAGGUCGCCAUGUUCACGGUUCUCAUCGCUGCGCACCCCGGAAAGCCGCGCGGGGAGAUUGUCAGCCUGAUGCAGGCACUGCGCGCUGACGUGCGCAUGCAUCACAACGACGUGCGCAGCAACGCGGCGGUAGCACGCACGAUCCUCGACUUCAUUCACGCUAGCCGCAGCGGGCAGGCGGCGGGCGCGCAACGCAAGCGCAAGCAGCAGGCAAAGCCGGAGCAGGACGGUGCCCACCCGAAGUACGUACACGGAAGCUCGAAACGCCUGAAGACCGCGAGCGCGCAGGGGCCCGUCGGGUCGUCGUCGAACAGCAAGAGCCAAGUAGUGGAGUCAGAGGGCGAAGACGAGGAAAUAGCGACGCCGAGGCCUAGGCCGACUGCGAAGAAGACGAAGCCCGCAGCGAAGAAGGCACACGAUGUGCUGACGCGCCCCCACGAUGCGAGAGAGCGUCUCGAGCCGACCAGCUUGGUUUCAACGCAUCAAUCACGUCAGGCUCCCAUUGGUAUGCCUUCGCUGGCUGCUAUGGGCCCCGAAAUAGUGAUGCCCGUCACUGGCGGCAUAUUCUCCACGGAGGCGAGGAUGGACGCGCAGGGCUUCGACAGCGGCAUGAAAGCCUUUUAUUAUGGAGGAUAUGAUUCGGUGAAUGGUCCUUCGCAGAGUGCAAGUGCGCCUCGCGACAGAGACCCCCGUGAUUUCCGUCGGAGGUGA